CGCUCUCUCUCUCUCUCUCUCCAUCCCUCCUCUUUCUAUUUCAAUUUUGAGUUUUCAAAUUUUAAGUCGAGAAUCCUAACCACAGGGCGACAACGCGGCCAGAUUCAUUUUUAUUCGGCUGGUGGAAUGGUGAAAACCGUUGGGACGAUUUGAACGACUCGAGCGGUUAACCGUUCAAACCGUUCACCAACCGACCAGUUCACCCAUUGCGCCUUUUUGACUGUUUCGAGUUGGGCUGAUGGUUGGGUCCUGCUUUACCGGCAUGGAGAGGAUUGGCCGAGUG